AUGAAACGAACGAGAGUCAUCGAGAUUGUGGCUGCGAGAGACAUUGUCUUUGCGCUUGCUCAUUCUGGUGUUUGCGCAGCUUUCAGCAGAGAGACGAACAAAAGGGUUUGCUUUUUGAAUGUUAGCCCUGAUGAAGUCAUCCGGAGCUUGUUCUACAACAAGAACAAUGACUCUCUCAUCACUGUUUCUGUUUACGCCUCUCUUUGA